CUUCCCCCUCCUUUAAUAUCGCUUGUGAAAAAAAAAUGUACAAAUUUAACUGAACUUUUUUGUUUUUUUCUGUUUCUAGGUCACCAAUUAAACUCCAAAAAACAAAGAAAGAUUCAAUGUUUCAUAUUAAUUUUUUGUUUUUUAUCUCUACCAUUGAAAGCAAGCAGGAUUUCUUCUAAGAGAAAAAAAAAAAAAAAAAAAAGUGAAUCCACUUAUCACCGUAAACAGUUAAAACUGAAGAACUCUGUGGACCAAAAAGAAAAUUUUUCUGUCAGCCGGAAGGCCCAAAACCUAUAAAUAGUUAGAAACCUCGAAUUCGAUAAAAAGAGAGAGAGAGUUGCAAUGCCGUUGGGGAAGUAUUACUGCGAAUACUGCGACAAGGAAUUCCAAGACACCCCAUCCGCCAGGCGACGCCAUCUUCAAGGUCUCCAACACCUCAGAGCCAAAGCUCAAUGGUACGACUCCUUCAAAGAUCCCAGUCAUGCUUAUACGGAGGGCUUGACAAAAGGGGUUUGCAACCGCUUUGUAAAAACGGGAUUUUGCCCAUACGGGGAUUCUUGUAGAUAUCUUCAUCCCAAGAACAAUCAGCAGAAUAUGGUUACUCAAGGGGCACCAGGUUUGAUUGAUAAUAAUCAGUCUUCAACUUUUCAAGAGAACCAGUUGGUGGGGGGCAGCUCUUUGCCAGAUGUGGUGGUCAGAGAUAGCAUGGGAAUGUCAUGGGGCAAUCUACCUCCAUCUCUAAUGCCUCCUCCAGAGGGUGGAUAUCCGCCGCUUCCUUUUGUGGACUGGGGAUAAGUCCUCUAUGUCUUUCGGACGCCAUUUAUCUAGCGCUUGUGCUACCGAUACAGAUCCUUAUCUAGUUCCUGAUUUCUUUCUUUUGAUCUAGUUGACAUGUAACAUGUUACUAGUAAAGUUGUAUGAUGAGAUAUGGAUUGUCAUCAAGGCUUGUAGGCUUGUAGCUUGUGGUUUAUAGUAUUGACUAAAACAUUUCCUUCAUAUAAUUCUUCUACUAAAGAGAAUGUGUUGUGUCUUGUGCUAUAAAGUUCAUUUUUUCACUCA